UUAUUCUUAAAUGAACAAAUGCCAGCUAACAAGAAAACAUAGGAACAAUCAAAAGAGUACAAAAAUAUUGAAUCGGCUUCUUAAUAAUGAAGCACACCUCCUAUGACUAACUUUCAUUAUAUAAAUAGGCCAUUGUCCAUGCAGAAGCACAAACCAUCUACUAAAACAUCUUCUAUAUCUCUCUCUCUCUUUUCUUAACCAAGAAGACAAGUUAACAUCUUGUCUUGCCGACGGUGAGACUUUCCAGUGAAAGCAAUGCCAACCCCAGCAUGGAGUCUUGCCGGCAAGACUCAUUUGGUAGUUGCUGUUUUGGCAAUGCUCGUGGGUUUGACCUUGGCAACCGAACCUUAUUACUAUAAUUCUCCUCCACCACCCUACGAAUACAAAUCUCCACCACCUCCGGUGAAAUCUCCUCCACCACCAUAUGAAUAUAAAUCUCCUCCUCCUCCGGUAAAGUCUCCUCCACCUCCAUAUUAUUACCACUCACCCCCUCCUCCAGUGAAGUCGCCCCCUCCACCUUAUUACUACCAUUCACCUCCUCCUCCAGUAAAAUCUCCACCACCACCGUAUUAUUACCACUCUCCGCCACCACCGGUGAAAUCUCCACCACCACCGUAUUAUUACCAUUCUCCACCUCCUCCGGUGCAGUCUCCUCCUCCACCUUAUUACUACCAUUCACCUCCUCCUCCGGUAAAAUCUCCUCCUCCACCUUAUUACUACCAUUCUCCACCACCUCCGGUUAAAUCUCCACCACCACCGUACUAUUACCAUUCUCCACCUCCUCCGGUGAAAUCUCCACCACCACCUUACUAUUACCAUUCACCGCCUCCCCCAGUGAAAUCACCUCCUCCACCAUACUACUACCAUUCCCCUCCUCCUCCAAUGAAGUCUCCACCAGCUCCAUAUUACUACCAUUCUCCGCCUCCUCCGGUGAAGUCUCCUCCUCCACCAUACUACUAUCAUUCACCUCCUCCUCCGGUGAAAUCUCCUCCACCACCAUACUAUUAUCAUUCACCACCUCCCCCAGUGAAAUCUCCACCACCACCAUACUACUACCAUUCUCCUCCUCCUCCCAUGAAAUCUCCCCCUCCUCCUUACUACUACAACUCCCCACCACCACCUGUGAAAUCUCCACCACCUCCUUAUUACUACAAGUCUCCUCCUCCUCCAGUAAAAUCCCCACCACCUCCAUACUACUACCAAUCACCUCCACCACCACCAAAAGCCUACUCUCCACCUUACUACUACUCAUCCCCACCACCGCCUGUCUCAUAUCCUCACCCCCAUCCUCACCCACACCCAAAACCACUUGUAUUCAAAGUUGUUGGUAAAGUUUACUGCUAUAGAUGCUACGACUGGACUUACCCUAAAAAGUCACACGACAAAAAGCAUCUCAAAGGUGCUGUCGUGGAGGUGACAUGCAAGGCAGGAGACAAAACGGUCAAAGCGUACGGUAAGACAAAGAUAAACGGUAAAUAUGCAAUCACCGUGGAAGGGUACAACUACCGCAAAUACGGCGGCGAGGUAUGCACGGCCAAGUUACACGCGCCACCAAAGGGAUCACCUUGUAAUAUUCCUACAAGUUACCAUAUGGGUAACGAAGGAGCUAAACUUCAUGUGAAAUCAAAGACCAAGUACGAGGUUGUGCUUUACGCCAAGUCCUUUGCUUAUGCACCUAAGAAGCCUUAUGAGGAAUGCCAUAAACCAGCUCCUUACCACCCACCUUAUUACUACAAGUCUCCACCGCCUCCAACUCCGGUUUACUACUACAAGUCGCCGCCACCGCCUGCCCCAACUUACGUCUAUAAGUCGCCACCACCUCCAACUCCAAAUUAUGUCUAUAAAUCACCGCCACCAACUACUCCAACUUACGUUUACAAGUCUCCUCCACCACCAACUCAUUCUCCUACACCGUAUUACUAUCACUCACCUCCACCACCGGUUAAGUCUCUACCACCACCGUACUAUUAUCAUUCGCCACCUCCACCGGUGAAAUCUCCAUCACCACCCUAUUACUACCAAUCUCCUCCACCUCCAGUGAAAUCUCCCCCACCUCCAUACUAUUACAAGUCUCCUCCACCACCGGUCAAAUCUCCUCCACCACCUUACUACUACCACUCUCCUCCUCCUCCCGUCAAAUCUCCUCCACCGCCAUACUACUACCACUCUCCUCCUCCACCAGUCAAAUCCCCACCACCACCAUACUACUACCACUCUCCUCCUCCUCCCGUGAAAUCCCCCCCUCCUUAUUACUAUCAGUCACCACCUCCACCAGUCAAAUCUCCCCCACCACCAUACUACUACAACUCACCUCCUCCACCAGUCAAAUCUCCACCACCACCAUAUUACUACCAUUCCCCACCCCCUCCAGUGAAAUCUCCACCACCACCAUAUUAUUAUCAUUCUCCACCUCCUCCGGUGAAAUCUCCACCACCUCCAUAUUAUUACCACUCUCCUCCUCCACCAGUCAAAUCACCACCACCUCCAUAUUAUUACCACUCUCCUCCUCCACCGGUCAAAUCACCACCUCCUCCUUACUACUACCAUUCACCACCCCCGCCAAUGAAAUCACCUCCACCACCGUAUUACUACCAUUCUCCUCCUCCUCCCGUGAAAUCUCCCCCUCCUCCUUAUUACUACCACUCACCACCUCCACCAGUCAAAUCUCCACCUCCUCCUUAUUACUAUCAGUCACCUCCGCCACCAGUAAAAUCUCCCCCACCACCAUACUACUACAACUCACCUCCUCCACCAGUCAAAUCUCCACCACCACCGUACCAUUACAACUCUCCCCCUCCUCCCUUGAAAUCUCCACCUCCAGUCUACAUCUACGCAUCUCCACCACCUCCCAUCCACUACUAAACUCACCAAGCUUAACCAAAAUUCCCCAAUAUUCACGCUUUCUUUUAAAAUAUGUAAUAAAGAAAAGGUGUAUGAGGAGAUCAAGAAGUGAACCAAAUAAGGAUUGUCACAUUUCAGUCAGCGACUAUGAUUAUCUCAAGACGAACCACUUCACUUCCACUUCAUUAGGACUACUCAUCACCUUUCAUGUUUUCAUUCUAGCUUCUUCAUUUCAGAUUUGCCAAAAAUUGAAUUGUAAUUUAAUUGUUGUUCCAUGGAAUUUUAUCAUGUACAAGUCCACCUCUAUCAAAAUAAAAUUUGCAAUCAAAUCAGGUUUCUAAUUUUCCUUCAAGUAUUUACAUAAAGCCACUAAAUUUAUAAAGUAGUUAUAUACAUAACAAACAAACUGUAGAUUAAUAUCUCAGUUUCAAGUCUGAAACAGAAACAAGAGUGAAAGAUACAACAUACACGCAAAAUCUAAUUCAAAGAGGUUCUUUGACACUGAUUUAACUGAACAGAGCAAGCCCUCUUCGUUAUUAGUAAACAAUGGGUGAAGAAAACUACGGCCGUCUUUCAAAGUUUUACACAUCAUCUGAAACUGUAGCAAGAAAUGUAGCUCUGUAAAGACAAAAACAA